AUGGCAACCAAUGAAAUAGCAGAGGUAGAGCUCAAUCUUAGAGGUUUCUUGGAACCAAAUACAGAGGUUGUUCAGAGAGCAACCAACAACAUGAACAGAAUCCUCAAGAAACCAUCGGCAUCUUUGAUUCUCAUUCACUUUAUUCAAUCUUCACCAUACAGAGAGAUCAAACAUUUGGCAGCAGUUUUGUUGAGAAAGAAGUUGGUUGUACACUGGACCAAGUUGUCAUCGAAGGAUCGUGAUACUAUCAAACCUAUGUUUAUCGACUUGUUCUUGAAGGAGACCGACGGUCUCUUGAAGAAAUCGAUUGCUGAAGUCAUGAUUAUCAUUGCACGUGUCGAGUUGCCACUCGGAGAAUGGAAAACAUUCACACCGUUCCUCUUUGGUCUGAGUGAGUCACAGAACCCGUUGGAUCGUGAGUUCCAGAUGUACACCAUCGAAACACUGCUCCAAAACGACAGAAUCACCAUUGCAAAGAACGCAACCAAGUUGGUCAAUGCCCUCAACCUCGGACUUGGCGAUCAAGUUGCCAAGGUGAGAUCGGCUGCAUUGCGUGCCGUCGGCAGUGCAAUGAUUGCACUCAGCGGUGAAACCGACACCAUUCGUCAACUCAUCCAACUCAUCCCAAGAAUGUUACAAGUCUUAAAGAGCUCCAUUGAGAAUGAAAUGGAAGAUGAUGUUAUUACAUCGUUCGAGGUAUUCGAUGAUCUAGCUGAAAGUCAAUCACCAGCUGUUUUCCAACAACUUCCAGCAGUUGUUCAAUUCUCUAUUGAAGUUGCUGCCAAUGUAAACAUCGAUUCUUCCAUUCGUACUUCUGCUUUGGAAUUCCUUAGAACCAUGAUUGAAUUUGAAGGAAAUUCCGAUGAUUUGGACGAUAACUACUUGUAUCAGACUGCAGGUAUCGCUUUGAGAUAUUGCGGUGAAUCGUUCAGCGCCAGAUAUAUAUUCCAUCCAUUGGUGCCAGUGUUGAAGGAGUUUGCUCAAUCCAACGAUAUGACCAAACAGGUUGCACUCCCAUUGAUCAUUCAACAACUCUCCUAUGGUUGCGCAGAGGAUAUGCGUGACAACAUCGAGUUGAUCGCUCAGUUGAUUCUCCACUCGCUCGGCCAGCAAGACAAGAUCGUUCGUCAGAAUGCAUGUGUUGCCGUUGCUCGUCUCUCUGAGAACAUUCACCCAGAGUUCUACCGUUACUCCAACCAGAUCUUCCCAUUGGUUUUCAAGUCACUCGAUGAUCCAGACGAUGCUUUCAUCCUUCGUUGUUGCUAUGCACUCGAAAACUUUAUCGUCAAUUUGGAGCGUGAACAAAUCGUGCCAAUUAUCGAUAGUGUAAUGUCCAAGAUGGGUACUCUCCUGCAACGUAACAAUAUCCAGGUGAAAGAGUUUGCGCUGUCUGCAAUCUGUGCUGUUGCACUCGCAUCAGAGUCUGACUUUGCUCCAUAUUUCGACAGUGUCUUGAGUACUAUUCGUGAUCUCUUGAUCACCAAGGAGCCAAACUUGCUCUCUCUCCGUGCCAAUGCGUUCGAGUGUGUUGGAUCCAUGGCCAAGGCUGUUCCAAAGGAGAAGUUCCGUCCACUCAUUCCAGAUCUCAUGGCUGCUGCACACGAUGGUGUUGAAACUUUGCAUAAUUCCGAGGUCAAUGAGUACACUUUUGAGUUCUAUGGUAAAUUGGUUGAGCAUUUCGGUGAGGAGAUGCAAGCUUAUAUCCAGCCAAUUAUCAAGCAGUUGAUGGAUUCCGCAAUUUCAGACGAUGGUGUCCAGAGAACCAAGCACAGCGAAGAUCAAAUCAGUGGAAUCGACAACGACGAAGAGAGUGGUGAUGAGGAAGACGACGACAAUGUAAGUCUUAGCGUCAGAACAUCGUUCCUCGAUGAGAAGUGUGCUGCAAUUCACACCAUUGGUGUCAUUGCCCAGUCGGUCCCCAAGCUCUUCAUUCCAUACACCGAAGCAGUGAUCGUAAAUAUCGAAGCACUCGCCAGCUACUUCCACGAGGAUGUCCGUUUCGAAACCAUGAUCGCCAUUCAAUCGCUUAUCCAAGCGGUAAACGAAGUAUUCCCGCCAGCCACAAAAUGGGUCAAAGGUGACUUUGGAGCACCAGUCUCUGAACAACUCAAAACACUUUUGCAAUUCUCAUUCCAGGUAUUCGCACAGGUGCUCUCCUACGACACAAGCAAGAGUGUUGUAUCACGUACAUUUGGUUGCAUUGCCGAUAUCAUUGCUUUGAUUGGUCCAGGUGCUAUUGCUCCCUACUUGGAAGCUGUCGGUGGAGCCGUCCUCCAAGUGGUCAUGGGUAAUCUCUACUGCCAGACUGCCACCAGUGGUGACACUCACGAUGAUAGCGACGAAGAAGACGAGGAAGACGAUCGUCAAGAGGAUGACCUCAACGAAGACGACGACGACGAUCCCGACUACCAAUUGCUCCACUACGCGUCAGAGUGUAUGAUUGAAAUCGCCACAGUUUCCGGUCCAAAAUUCAAGACUUUCCUCGAGAAUUCACUUCCACAUCUUUUCAAGUUGACCAAAGCAUCCACUCACCAUUCGAUUCGUGCCUGUGUCAUUGGUACCGUCGCCGAGAUCAUAAAGGUUAUGGAGACCGACUGCAGUAACAUCAUGGACAAACUCUUCCAGGUCGGUAUCAGCGGAUUGAAGGACGAUUCAUCUCAAGUCAAGAGAGUAAGUUGUUUCCUCUUGGGUAUCUUGGCAAUCAGAUGUGUUUCCGCCAAGAAGGAGCACGCCAUUGCCGUUUUGGAAGGUGUUUUCCCAAUCUUGAAUAGCGACGAAUAUGAGCCAGUUGUCAUCGAUAACGCCAUCGGUUGUGUCUGCCGUUUGGUUCAGGCACAAUCUCAUUCACUGCCAGUUGCUGAUAUCUUAAAGAACUUGUUUACCAAAUUGCCAAUCAAGAGUGAUUUGGAAGAGAUCGAAGCUGUUUUCAAUACCAUUAAUUUAUUAUAUUCAACACAAUACAAUAUUAUUUCACCAUAUACUCCAAUGAUUCUCCAAAUGUUCCAGUUUGAUUUACAACAUAAGAAAUUGGAUGAGGCAGUUGCCACUAAAAUUAAGACUUUAUGUACCACUUUGACCCAAAACAAAUAA